GUGUAAAUACGAGUAAUGGGUGUAUGGAGUGGGAACUCCCGGAUCCCCUUGGAAUCGAUGCUGGAGAGACCAUACAUCAACACUCCCAACGACUUUUUAAGCAGUGCUCGAUUUUCCGUUUUGGAUAAAUCUUUUGGAGCUCCUUCGCGAAUCGGGAGCUUAAAACUGAAGAGGAUGGGUUCAAGCAGCAGUCAUGUGGUUUCGUCGGAAGCAUCAUCGCCGAGGAAGUCGUCGAGGUUAAGGCGAAAGGUAUCCGCCCUGUUCUGCGGUGUUUUCACGCCCAAGUCAACUUUUAAGAAGCUGGAAGAUUGUGCAGAGGAGAUGCCAACCAUUAGCUGCAGAAGAGAUUUGUCCCCCUUCGAUUCUUCUCUAAACUCCAGCCUCGAAUCCCCUUCUGUGUUUUCCUCAGAAGCUGAAGCCACUACAUCCACAUGUGACAAUGAAGAUUUAUCUGAAGGAAACAUUGGCGUUGUCGAGGAUGCCCUUACUGAAUCUGUUCCAUUAAAUGUUCAGUCACUCAGAGAUCUCGAACCACUUGAGGAUCAGCUUGCUCAACAGUCGAUUAUUGAAAAUACAAUGGCACAAAGUACAACUUCCGAUAGUUCAGUCCAUGAUCAGACAACCAAUCCAGUGCAGGGGCACCAUAGUUCUCAUGUGCUGUCAAAUAGUUCUGAAUAUAGCCAGGAUUCCCUUGUGGUAUACAGUAAUUCUGAUUUAAGGUCACUUUCUGUUGUUUCUGAUUCUUUACCACGGUUUCAAAUCCCUGGGAAUGACGUUGCUCACUUGACAACCGAUUCUAGUUCAGGAUUUCUUGUGUCUGAUAGUGACCAAGAUAUGAGGAGUGGAGCACAACUACAUCUCGAUUUGGUGAGUAUCUCUUCUAACAUCCUAUCUGAUAGCAUUGCUGAAGUAAGUAGAGGUGAAGCAAGAAGAAACAGUAGGACACUAUUUUGGGACGCUUUAUCAAGACACAGUUUUAGACGACAUGUUGAUUCCCCAACAAUUGUUAUCGCCACUGGUCUUGCUGAUGAGCUAGAAUCCCAUGACAGAUGGUUUUAUGAUUUCAAUGGUGAUCUCCAUUCCAUUGGAACCAAUCAUGAUAUCGACACAUUGAGUGCCAGGCUUCGUCAUAGAAAUGAACAGAGACGGCUUUCGAGAUCUGAGAUCUCAGAAAGGAGAGGUAUUCGUAAUGAGGGUGGCCGACGAACUGCAUUUUGUGCAUCAGGACUUCACCUCGAUGGUACAUGUUCAUGUGAUUUGUUCUUUGCAGAUGAAGAAUCAAGUAGUUUUGCAAGUAUCUCACGUAUAAUAGUUCUCGCUGAUGCAUUGUUUGAGGUUUUAGACGAAAUUCACCAUCAGGCUUUAUCGCUUUCACUAUCUACAAUAUCUCUCCCUGCUCCAGAGUCUGUUGUUGAGUCAUUUCCACUCAAGGAUCACAAAAAUGAUGAGAAUGGUUCAAUCGAUGUUCGACAAUGCUACAUUUGCUUAUCCGACUACGAGGAAGGGGACAAAUUGAGAGUCCUCCCAUGCAAUCACGAUUACCACAUGCUUUGCAUCGAUAAAUGGCUUAAAGAAGUGAACAGGGUAUGCCCAGUCUGCAGACACAAUGUCUGCGAAGUUCCCGGAGAAUCCUCAGCAUCCAACACAUGAAAGAAGUAAAAGCUUCUUUCUCAAAGUAAAGCCAAAGUCAACUGUAAGUAUUCAUGCAUACAUAUACAUAUACACUGCAUACAGUAAUGUGAUAAAUACCAGUUUGUUUUUGUUUGUGCAAUUUUUCUAGCUUUUAAACAUCGUAGGUUAUGUAUGCUAAUAGCGCUACAUAAUCGAAUUCAAAGUUUCUUGCUAAUAAACACUGGAAAUUUAAAUUA